GCACGUGAGGCCCCCGCCGGCGUGCGCACGCGCAGUGAUGGGUCCGGGCCUGCAACUGGGCGCCCGCUGCUGGGCGCGCCUCCUGCCGCUGCUGAGGCCCCGCACUGGUGCGCGUUGGUCUGGCGCGAAGCCUCAGCCUCUGCAGGCUCACAGACCGCCGGGCCGGGGCCUCGGUCUCGCCUCGGGCGUGGGGGCGCGCGGGCUCCAGAGCGGAGCGCGGCGGGACGAGGCCGACGCCCGAGUGGAGCGGGCCGCGGCAGGUCAUACGGGACCCAAAUUUGACAUCGACCUGCUUGUGUCUCUCUUGAGGCAAGAAAAUGCAAAAGACAUUUGUGUGAUCCAGGUUUCUCCAGAACUGAAAUACACAGAUUACUUCGUGGUUGUGAGUGGAACCUCCCCGAGACACUUACAGGCUAUGGCCCAGUACAUAGUGAAGAUGCACAAGUUCCUGAAAUCCAAGAAUGAUGCUUUUGUUCGGAUUGAAGGGAAGGAUGCGGAUGACUGGCUGUGUGUGGACUUUGGCAGCAUGGUGAUUCAUUUGAUGCUUCCAGGGACCCGAGAAACCUACGAAUUGGAGAAGUUGUGGACUCUGGGCACUUAUGAUGACCAGUUAGCUGAGAUCGCACCAGAGUCCCUACCUGAAGACUUCAUCCUUGGGUUUCCACCAGAGGAGGAGCCUUUGGCAAAUUCUCCAUUGGAGGCCGAGAGAGAAUAAAGUAAGAGCUUUGAAGCAGCUAGAA